CAAGAUCAAACCUCAACCUGGGCAAACUCGUAAUCUGACAUCAUCUUCGCCAUAACAUACAAUCCCCUAGGGUUCGCCCGCAUUUGAGCGCCAACCACACAGAAGCUAGCCCCAGUUUCUCCAGCCGCCCUCUCUCUCUCUCUCUCUCUCUCUCUCUCUCUCUCUACACAGGUUCAAUGGAGUCCCAGAUUAAGCAUGCAAUCGUGGUGAAAGUCAUGGGCCGCACAGGAUCAAGGGGACAGGUGACUCAGGUGAGAGUCAAGUUUCUUGAUGAUCAGAACCGGUACAUUAUGAGGAAUGUCAAGGGCCCGGUGAGGGAAGGAGAUGUGCUCACCCUUCUCGAGUCUGAGAGGGAGGCAAGAAGGUUGCGCUGAUAAGAUUUUAUACAUUGGUUACCCUCCUUCAGGUUUUGAUUGCUUGUUAUUGCGACACUUCAUGGCAAACUUUAUGCUUCAGUAUCUGUACUGGGAUUUAAGACUCUGUAUCUGAGUAUGGAGAUUCGUACGAUGUUGUUUAAGGUGUCCUUUUUUCUUUUUUGUGUUUUACCCCUUUUUGAGAAAGACAUAGUAUGGUUCAGUUUUGUUAAAUGAUCAUCGAUGCUAUUACUUGGUGCAAA